UUAAGUAAGACAGUGGCUUAAUUUGGUAGGGAUUUUAGGAGCUCAAAAUAGAUUAUUUAGCCAACCAAAGUUAUUUUUUGUGUUCGGUAAAAACAUAAAAAAGUGUUUCUGAAAGAAUUUAAGGAGAAUUUGAAGCUAAAAUCAGAAGCAACUUUUGGGCUGCAUCUGAUUCUAGAUUGUGCGGAAAUCUAAAAAGCCUCUUUAAUGAAAUUUUUGUUAUUAUGACUUUACCCCUGCUGAAUGAAAACAAUUCCAUACCCAAAAAAUUUUUGCUCUUUGCGGUCAUGCUCCUCUCCUCUUCCUCUACGAUCUCCCCCGCCGCUUCAACGUCGGCAUGCUCAACCGCUGGAGGUCCGGCCAGAUGCCGGUCACCGCCCAAACGUGGCCGCCCUGGUCGAAGAACUCCGGCCUUAAGCGGCAGCACAACGUCGAGUACUGGAUGAUGGGCUCGUUUCUGUACGACGGUGAUGGGAGAGAGGUCGUUAGGGUUUCGGAUCCGUAAAUGGCUGAAGCCUUUUUCUUGCCGUUCUUCUCCUCUGUCACAGUCUAGUUCAUUUGGGUGGAAUUUGGUAGUCAGUGAUAUUUUGUUCAUUUGAGGUUGCUGGAGUUUGUCUUUUUGCUUUUUUUUGUUUGGAAUUGUUCGGGACCGAUUCAGAUCUCGAAGGCCAUGUCGCGGGAGAGACCUAAGAGAGGCGUACUACCCCUAGCUCAAGAGAAUAUUGAGAAGUUAAAGAAAGUUGUUGAAGAGGGUAAUUACUAUGGAGCCCAACAAAUGUAUAAAUCUAUAAGUGCAAGAUAUGUCUCUGCUCAGAGGUAUAUGGAAGCUUUGGAUAUACUUCAUUCAGGUGCCUGCAUUCAAUUGGAACAUGGGCAGGUAACAUGUGGGGUAGAGCUAGCGGUGUUGUAUGUGGACAUCCUUGUCAAAGCAAGAGUUCCUUAUAAUGAUGAAAACCUUGGGGAAUUAGAGGAAUACCACUUCUAGAGAGUGAGAAUUCGAAUAUUGUGAAAUUUUCAAACCAAAGUGGUACAAGUGAGGAUGUCAAGUGAAACCAAAGUCGGAGUGUCCAUGGAAAGAGGAUUUGAAGUAUGCUAAAGCUGUUUGAAGAAUGAAAGGACUUAAGUUUGUAUUUGUAAGUAUAUACGUGUGUGUGUGUGGAUAUAUAUGUUUGCAAGAACUAUUCCUUUCUAAAAUGAUAUAUCAAUGUGUGUAUUUACGUGUAUGUGACUAUGGAUAUCAAUGUGUGUAGUUGUGGUCAUUUGACGAUCAAGUUUUUAACUUGUUUAUGGAAUGUACAUAUUCGAAGGAACUAAUAAGAAGGCUAGAGUCUUAUGGAAUAGUAUGGUGGUCUCAUUGUUAUGGUCUCUGUGGAUGGAACGGAAUGGCAUAAUUUUUUAAGAAAAGGCAAUGGGGCCAUUUGAUAUUUUUGAGAAGGCAAAGUUCUAUGCAUUGCUAUGGGUUGCUUCAAGGUUCCCGUUUACUUUGGUCAUUUUGAAUUGGAAAGAUGUAAUAGGGAAUUGAUUUGAGAUACCAUUUAUGCGUUUAUCUUGCUCUUUUUGUAUGUUAGUCAGUUUUUCACA